CUCGAGGAGCCCCCAACAACUUCGCUUUCUACUCAAUUUCUCUUGGUUCCGACUACAAAAGUCAUUUUUGUUUAUUUUUUUCGUUUAUUUUAAUUAAAAUCAAUUAGAACCUUUCUUUUUUUUGGUUCGUGUCGGUUCUUUUCUUUUCUUGCCACGUCCAUUUUCUUACUGUGCGUUUCGUCCGAAGGAUUAUUGCCUUUCUACCGACUGUCUUAGUCAAUAUUUAGGGUGUGAUAUAACGAGGAGGUAAUUGUUUGACAUCAUUGACAUCGUUUAACGAGGUCGUUAUUCCAUGCUGAAGCUUUAGUUAGUUGUACGGCCAUUAUUAGGAAUCUUCUUCCUCUUACCUAUUUCUUUGAGUGCGAUUGUAGAAUUUGCAAAAAACAGCUAUUUCAUUGGCUAUUUGCAAGUAUAAAGAAAUCUAAAGGUUGAAAACGGUUCAACAAGGGCCGGAUUGAUACAUUUUUUAGAUUUUCUUCUUUUCUUGCGGUAAUUUGGUUUCAACACCUCAAUACUGCUUUAUAAAAAUUCGAUUCUUCUAUUUGCUGGACGAUUGAAUUCUUCCCUUCUCUUGAUCUUUAUUAAUAGCAAAAGGAAUCCUUAAAAAAUUUUUUUUUUGCUUGCUUACCAACUCAGAUUCAUUUGGGUGGAAACGAAUUUCAUAAUUCGCUUCUUGUUGUUGCUCUUGCCUGUUGUCUUGAGAACGUGCUUUUCUUUUUAGAUUUUUUUUUGUAUCUUCUUUUUUCUCUUUUUCUUUUUUUUGUUGUUAUUUCUCUAAUUCUUUUCUCUUGUUCAUCUUUCCUUUUCCCCCAACCUUGCUUUUAAAUUCCAACCCUUUUCCACUUAUUUAAAAGUCCUCUUCCCUUAUUAAACAGACGGAUUCUCUUUUCCAGAAUUAGGUUCGUGUUAAGUUCCCUUACUAGAUCGACACCUGCUUGUUUUUUACUUUUUGUGUUUUUCCCCUUUUUGUGUUGAGUGUUUUUGUUUGUUUUUUUGGUGUUUCAGUCCUUUUUCUUUUUCUCUUUAUUUAAAAAAAAAAAUGGACCCCUCUUCAACCAGUAAUCCCUAUCCUCACGUCGUUCAACAUCGCCAGCACCCUGCUGUUGCUGAAAAUGGUGACGACAAAACCGACAUGUUCAAGGAGAAUCCCUCAGCCUUCGACAUGGUCUCUCAAAUGUCGCACGACAAGGGUAGUAUUGAAUCAUACUCGAGGUCUUCUUCUUUUGGUACAAAAUUCCUAGAUUUCUUCCGCUCUUAUAAACUUGCUCCAGAUACCGGUAAUUCAGACGUCAAAAACAGUGAAGAUUUUUUGCAACCUCGUCACUUACAGAUGAUUGCCAUCGGUGUUUGUAUCGGUACCGGUCUGUAUGUCGCUGUAGGAAAAUCUUUAAAGAAUGCUGGUCCCGGUAGUCUUUUAAUUAACUUUAUCGUCCUUACGUCUAUGAUUCUCCCAUUAAUUAUCUCUCUCGGUGAGCUUUGCUGUGUAUUUCCCAGUCAGCCUAGUAUCACCAUGUAUCCUGGUCGAUUUGUAAGUGAGAACGUUGGAUUUGCUUGUUCAUGGCUUUAUUAUGCCAUCUGGCUUACUACAUUGCCUAGUGAGGUUUCUGCUGCUACUGAAAUUGUUGGAUUCUGGAAAAGUCAGCACUUAAAUACGGCAGUGUGGGUUACUGUUUUCUUGGCCUACGUCGUCCUUGUCAAUGCCAUGGGUGCUCGUGGAUAUGGUGAAACUGAAUUUUUUAGCUCUUUUCUAAAGGUGCUUUCCAUUGUGAUCUUCUUUUUCGUUUCCAUUAUCAUCAAUUGCGGUGCUGCUCCUAACGGUGGUGGUUAUGUCGGUGCAAGAUUCUGGCAUCACCCAGGAGCUUUUCGAAAUGGCUUCAAAGGUUUCUGCUCUGUCUUCAUUUCUUCCGCUUAUUCCCUUGCAGGUACAGAGAACAUUGGUACAGCAGCCGGAAAUACUGCCCAUCCUCAACAGGCUAUCCCUAGUGCUGUUAAGAAGGUUUUUUAUCGUGUUUUCUUCUUUUACAUUGUCACCAUUUUCUUGAUUACCCUAGUUGUACCCUACAACGAUCCUGGACUCACCGAUACUAGUCCUUUCAUUCUUGCCAUUCAAAACGGUGGUAUUAGAGUGCUUCCGGAUAUCUUUAACGCCAUUAUCCUUGUUUCAAUUUUAUCCGUCGGUAACAGUGCCGUUUUCGCUGCCUCAAGAAGUGGUAUUGCCCUUGUUCGUCAAGGAUGGGCACCACGCUUCCUUGCAAGAGUGGAUCAGAAGGGUCGCCCUGUCAUCAGUUAUUUGAUUUCCCUUCUUUUUGCAUGCAUCAGUUAUGCGAAUGCUGCCCCUAAAGGAGGUGUUGUUUUUGACUGGGUGUCCUCUGUAUCCGGUGGUGGUUCUUUUUGCAUUUGGGGGCUUACAUUUUUGUCACACAUUCGCCUCAGACUUGCUAUGAAGGCUCAAAACAUUCCAGAUACCAUUUUACCUUAUAGGUUUUCGGGUAGUUUUUACAUGAGUUGCUAUGGUCUGUUGAUCAACUUCCUAGCAUUAUGUACUUUGGUUUACAUUUCCAUCUUUCCCGUUUCACAUAAUCCCCCCAAUGCGUAUGAUUUCUUCGUGUCCUUCCUGGGUCCCUCAUUCUUCAUUGUUGUUUUAGUUAUCAGUCCUUUUGUUGUUGGACUAAAGUAUACACCAUUGAAGAUUAUUGAUCUAGUGACUGGACGCUACGAUAUUGUAGGUAUGAAGAGUUUCCGAGCUGAUUCUAGUGAAACAGAGGUUGAGCAAAAAGACAAAGAGAGCAUUAGCGCUUUUGUUGGACAAGCUUCAGAUCUUGAGAAGUCUCCAGGAGGGUAUCAAAAAGAACCUUCAAAGAGAGGUAUUUGGAGUAGCAUUUAUCAUGUAUUGUGUUAAAACGCAAACUUGAUUGAUUGUACGCCUUGACACUUUUUGUGUAAAAAGAAUAAAAAACAUAUUCAAUGAGUCCGAAAAUGCAUAUAUGUAUAAUAUAGAAUAUAUGUGUGGUCCGUUUCCUUUAAAUGUUUUUUUUUUUUUGUUUUGUUAUUUAAUUUCCGUUCCGUUAUGGAAAGUGAUCCUUUCUCUAUUUUUCCGAAAACUUUGUAAAAAAACGAUUAGAUGUUCUUUUCCUUAUGGCUUCCAACUUGGUUUUGGAUGCGAUCAAUAAAUCCCGAAAGAAUGACACGCAAAAGGAAACGAUUAGGAGAAAUGAAAUUCUUCUAUGUUUCAUUAGAGAAAGAAUUUGAAUCGGUUGACUCGGUUCAUCCGAAUAUUGUAUUUUCCUGUUUUGAAUGAUUGGAAAAUUUGGGGUUUCUUUUUGUUUUUGUUUUUUGUCGUUCCUUGGGAGUACCCUGAAUACCGAAAGAGAAGGCAUUUUAAAUUUGGUGUGUGUGCGUGUGUAUAUAUAUGUAUAACUGUUUCUUGUGCUCGUCGCAGAAAAGAGAAAGGAAGGAAAGAGGACCAUGGGAACAGGGCUUUUGUAUGAUGAAUGAUUCAAAAGAAACAUAAAAAUAUUAUGUUUUGUGCAAACAAGAAUGAUAAUAUGAUUGCUAUGCUGUAGCUUUAGCUUGUGCAAUCAUGCAUAUGAGAAUCAUUGCAAAAGGGUCUAAAAACCGACGAAUUUGGAGCCAUUUAGAAAAUGAAAUUUCUUUCACUCUCUGUGUUCCUUUCCUAUUACCCUCAAGAGUAUACCAUAUCUAUCGUCUGGUGGUUUUCAACAUUAGGACAGGAUGGAUCCUCCUGUAUUCCAUACUUCGUUUCCUAUUGCAGCCUUAUUGGGAUUGUUCGAGUUUAUCACACCUUUUUUAUUGAAUGCCUUUCUCUGUUCAUGAUUCCACCAUGUUUAUGGGCACAUACUGAAUGGUUUCUGUGUAUGCCUUUCUAUGUUUUGCUUAUUGUUUUGUCAUAUUCUGUAUUCCUUUAUAUACUGCUUACUGUUGUUAGUUUGAUAAAUAUGAAUUGCCUUUACGAUGAAA